AUGAAAUGGUAUAAAGAAUUAGAGAAUGAUGCUGAUAUCACAGUAUCAACAACAGAAGAUAUAACAUCAUUAAAACCAAAAGUUGUUAAUGUUAUCGCUCUUGCACAAUAUUCUUGCAAUAAACUCAAUCUUGUCAGUAUUGCCUCUACAAUUCGUAAUGCUGAAUACAAGCCAAAGAGAAUUAAAGCCGUAGUUAUUCGUAUUCGUGACCCAAAGGCUACAGGAUUAGUAUUCUCAAAUGGCAAAAUCAACAUUGUUGGUUGCCGUUCUGUUGAGGAUGCUAAGCGUGCUGCUCACAAGUUUAGAAAGAUGCUUCAGCAGAUUGGAUAUGAUGUCAAGCUCGUCAAUAUUACUAUAUCAUCAAUUGUUGCUACAAUACAUACACCAUUCAACAUCGCUAUUGCACAAAUAGCCAGUGCUGAUGGCCACAAACUAUUUUGUCAAUAUAGACCAGAAAAAUUCGCUGGUUUGAUUUACAGGCUUACAGACCCUCAAUGCACAAUGCUCAUCUUCCAAUCAGGAAGUAUUGUUCUUACUGCAAAAUCCGAGGAUGACCUUACAGCAGGAUCAAACUGGAUAUACCCAGUUCUACAGAAGUUCGAGAAGAAGUCUAUGUCGGAAUUACUUAUAUAA